UCAAUUUAGGCGGGAAUUCAUUUCCCACUUUUUCUUUUAACAAUUGAAAAAAGAAUUUGCCUCCAUGAAGAACUGAAAAACCCUAGACCGCCGCAGCCAGCUACCCCAACCGCACACCGACUUCAUACUCCGGCGAUCCUCCGCUCUGCCGUAUCUCGACUGCUCACUCUAUCCGUCUCCGCUUCUCAUCGCGUCACGCCGUCAUCUCCUUCCGCCGUUCAUUCUUAGUAAAGAAAUUGAUAAAAAGGGAAAAGAUGCAGAUUCGUGUGAAGUGCAAUUGCGGUGAAGGAAACUGCGCGGAAUGGGGCGUUGUUGAACUUCAAGGAGUUGUUGAACCUCAACCUGGUUUUCAGGGUUCCCUCGCCAACCUUCAAAUUGGCACUCUCUGUCGUCCGUCUUCUCAGGAAGUCUACACUUUAACUAUUGGGUACCAUGAACUGACAGGGUCAAAGAUUUCCUUGAAAAAGCCGUUGUUAGUGCUCAAGAAAGUCAAGCAUAUGGAUGGAGAAAAUUGUAGUGAUGUUGAGUUACAGGUUGUUGGAAUCAUUAGACAUAAGAUUCUGUUCAAGACCAGACCAAAGGCCCUCAUUUCUAAGCCACAGAUAACAUCUAGAGAAAAGCAAAAGACUAUCAUGUUAGGCUCUCCAGCUUCAAAUCAGGCUGUGUGACAUUCACUGCCUCUGUCAUUCAAUGAACUCAAGUUGGACCAGAAGUCUAAAGUACAAGGAGACACACAUCCCUUUUUUCUACACUGCUAGUAAAAUUUAGGCAAUCUCAUGUGUCAUUCAUAUGUAUUUGUAAUUUGUAAUCUUGGCAAUCACAUGUGGAGCACAAUUGAUUGCAAAAGUGGCUGUAAUAUAUGAUUAAGAGGAGUUUGGAGUGUCAUUAUCUUAAUAUCUAUUUUGAUGUAAAUGUGCAACUAAUGCAUAUUAAACUAAAGCUUGUCCGAACUUCUAGUGUAGAGGAUUGAAAUAUGAAUAUAUUUGUUCUUUUGUUUGA